AUGGAAUUUAUCGGUUAUUCAUCUAACCAAUCAGUGAAUUUGAGUACUCUGUCUAUUGAAAUUGCUCGAACUCGAGCCAAUUUACAAAGAGAGCUGUUUGAAAAGAUUGAGCAAACUAUCACAUUCGCAAUUUUUGAAUCUAAUCCAGAGUCAAAUACGGGUGUUCCCAUUACGGGUGUAUAUCGCACGCCGUCUCCAGGAUCACAGCCAGAGACUUACGUUCGGCCCUCAACAAACCAUUCAGAUAUAGCUCAGAAUUACUAUUUUAAUCGUGAUGCACGACGAAAUUAUCCGCGUUUAGCUGUAUAUACGCAAAAUGACGUUGCAAAGUUAAUCACUGCUUCACACUUGAAAAGUAUAACGGCUGGUAACCAAGAUGCCUCUAAAGAAUCAACUACAACGGAAACUAAAGAACCAACUACAACGGAAAUGGUUAUUCCAGAAAAGCUUGAGUUAACUGAAGCAAUUGCCUCUUCACCAGUCUUGUAUUCAGCUGAUAAACUACCUCCUGUUCCUCCUACUUUUCAUACAUAUCGUUGGAAAAAAUCUGAGGAUGCAGAUGACCCUAACCCAGGUGUUUACUGGCCUAUGAAAAUGGUUUCAUAA